ACACUGACAGAGCGGUGGUCCAAUCAGAGGAGAAAGGUUCCGGAGGUUUCAUUUUCGCAGUCCCGCCUUUUCCUGUACUAUGAUGUGACUGUGAUGUAGGCAAAAGACAUCUCUUAAAUAAUAAGUGUUUUUCUGCUAUUACAAUGUCUUCAGUGUCCCGAUCGCCAGUUAGAAAACAUUAUACCAGCAAACAAAGAAGGAGGAGCAGAAGUUGUGAAAGUCGAAGUACUUCCAGCAGCAGCGAUGGAAAUUCACGAAGACCGAAGGGAUAUCGUUCCGCAUCCAACAGCGAUGACAGUACCCAAAGGAGAAGGCACCGGGCCAGGUCUGGAAGCAAAGAAAGUGCAGGGAGACGGAGACAUCGAGACAGAUCUGACAGCCGAGAGAGUCCAGGGAGAAGGAGACGUCGGCACAAAUCAAGCAGUGAAGAGAGCGUGGAAAGGAGGCGGAAUAAAAGCCGCGAGAGGUCCAGAUCUGAUUCUGGAGAGAGGAGAAAACAGAAAAAGGAAAAGAGAGAAAGAGAGCACAGAAGAAAUGAAAGAAAACAUUCUCCUCACAAAUCAGAGGAUGACACUAGGCGGAAGCCAAAGAACAAACAGAAGAAAAAACGAUCUAGGUCAAGAAGCUCUGUGUCUUCUCUUGAGUCUCCAUCAUCGGCAAGGUCCCAGAGCCCUAAGGAGGCAAAUAAACAAAGUCUCAGUCUAGAGGAACAUUUACGUUUGAAGGAAGAGACAAAAAAGAAAAAGGAAAUGAUGAAGGCAAUGGAAACACCAGAGGAAAAAAGAGCCAGGCGUUUAGCCCAAAAAGAGGCAAAAGAGAGAAAGAAACGCGAAAAGAUGGGUUGGGGGGAAGAGUACAUGGGAUAUACAAAUACAGACAAUCCAUUUGGAGACAAUAACCUUCUAGGUACUUUUAUCUGGAAUAAGGCAUUGGAGAAGAAAGGAAUUGGCCACCUUGCAGAGAAAGAUCUGAAAGAAAGAAAUAAACAUAUCCAAGAAGACAAUCGUUUAGAACUGCAAAAGGUGAAGCAACUGCGUUUGGAGCGUGAACGUGAAAAGGGUAUGAGAGAGCAAGAGCUAGAGAUGCUGCAAAGAGAAAAGGAGGCAGAACACUUCAAAACUUGGGAGGAGCAAGAAGACAACUUUCAUCUGCAACAAGCCAAGCUCCGAUCAAAAAUUCGCAUCCGGGAUGGCCGGGCAAAACCAAUAGACCUGUUAGCAAAGUACAUCAGUGCAGAAGAUGAUGACCUUGCUGUGGAAAUGCACGAACCAUAUACAUUUUUGAAUGGGCUUACUGUUUCUGACCUGGAAGACUUGCUAGAGGAUAUUCAAAUCUAUAUGGAGUUAGAACAGGGCAAAAACGUGGAUUUCUGGAGAGAUAUGACUGUCAUCACUGAGGAUGAGAUCUCCAAGUUGCGCAAAUUAGAGACUUCUGGAAAGGGGCCAGGGGAAAGAAGAGAAGGGGUGAAUGCCUCUGUCAGUACAGAUGUACAAACUGUAUUUAAAGGAAAGACGUACAACCAGCUGCAAGUUAUUUCCCAAGGGAUUGAAAGCAGAAUUAGGACUGGAGGACCCAAUCUCGACAUAGGAUAUUGGGAAAGUCUUUUGCAGCAGCUUCGGGCAUACAUGGCAAGAGCCAGACUUCGUGAGCGGCACCAAGAUGUCUUGCGUCAAAAACUUUUCAAACUGAAGCAGGAACAAGGUGUGGAAAGUGAGCCUCUGUUUCCUAUCAUAAAGCCUGAAUCGCCCAGUAACAGGGAAAAUGAGGAGGAGCCUGUAUCAGGUCAACCUUCAUCAUCUACUAGUGCAGUAGCAGAGGAGUCUACAAAUGCUGUAGAAGCAGAAGGAAAGAAUGAAGGAGAAGGUGGGGAAUCUGUGCUGAUGGAAGAAGAUCUUAUCCAGCAGAGUCUAAAUGAUUAUGAUUCUGGCAGAUACAGUCCAAAGCUUCUUACUGUACAAGAACUACCUUUUGAUGCUCAUGUAGUAGACUUUGAAGAGGACCAACAGAGAACAGUGCUUUGCAGACAGCAACUUCAAGUCACAGGAGAUGCAAGUGAGAGCCCAGAAGACAUUUUCAUACGCAAGGCAAAGGAAGGAAUGGAUGGAGAUGAAGCUCAAUUUAGUGUGGAGAUUCCAGUUACCAGCAAAGCAUACCUUUGGGCUGACAAGUAUAGACCCCGAAAACCACGGUUCUUCAACAGAGUUCAUACUGGAUUUGAAUGGAACAAAUACAAUCAGACCCAUUAUGAUUUUGAUAACCCUCCUCCAAAAAUUGUGCAGGGCUAUAAAUUCAACAUAUUCUAUCCUGACUUGAUUGACAAGAGGUCUACUCCAGAAUAUUUUCUUGAAGCCUGCCAUGAUAACAAAGACUUUGCAAUCCUGCGCUUCCAUGCUGGUCCUCCAUAUGAAGACAUAGCUUUUAAGAUUGUCAACAGAGAGUGGGAGUAUUCUCACCGUCAUGGUUUCCGUUGCCAGUUUUCAAAUGGUAUCUUCCAGCUGUGGUUCCACUUCAAGAGAUAUCGUUACAGAAGAUGAGCUGUCAUGGACUGCAUGUGUCUGCUUUUAUUUUUUUUUCCCAUCUUGAAAUAACGGAAAAACCCCAAAUGUACUGUGAACCAGAUGUCUUUAAGUAAUAUGCUUUUGGUAGAACUAUUAGCAUCUGUUUUGUGUCUAACCUUUCCAUCAGUGAGACUAGAAUAGCAUUCUUUCUGGGGAUAUUUUGUACAAAUAAACAUUACAUUUAAA